CGACCCCGAUAUGAGCAAAUUUCAUUCACAGGAUCUACUAUUGCAAAUUUUUCAAGUUUUUGUCAUUCCAAUUCGUCAGCAAUGGAGUCUCUGCUAGCCACCUACGCCUCUUCAGACGAUGAAGAAGAAGACCCAAAACCUAUUCAUUUUCAAAAUUCUAUUCCAUCUAAACCCCUAAUCUCUUCCUCUUCUUCCUUCUCUAUUCUUCCAAACCCUAAAUCCGAACCCACAACAAUCGACGACGAACACCUAAAACCCUCGUCCUCCGUUUUUUCUUCAAUGCCUAAACCUAAUUCCCAAUCUUAUUCAAAGCCAGCCAAAAGGGUUGUUCAGUUUAGGCCUCCCAUAAUCCCAAAGCCCGCCAGUUCUUCCGACGACGACGAAGAUGAGAAAGAAAAGGACAGAAAGCGGCGAAAGGAAUCCGAUUUCGUUCUGAAAUCUUCGUCUAAAAAUUCAUAUCCAUUUAUCCUGCCCACCCCCAUAAACUCAUCUCAAUUCGGUUCUCUUGGGUCCGCUUCUGGGUCUGGAAGAAGAUCAAUUCUUGAUGUUGAACCAACAAAUGUUACAGAGACGGUUAAUGAACAAAUUACAGUGAAUAAUGAAGUGGGUUACGAUCAAAGUGAUGGGAAUUAUGUGGGUUUUGUUGGGUAUGAGAUGGGUCAUGAUGGGUCAAAUAGUUAUGGUGGUGGGUAUGAGAUGGGUCAUGAUGGGUCAAAUAGUUAUGGUGGUGGGUAUGAGAUGGGUCAAGAUGGGUCGAAUAGUUAUGGUGGGUAUGGGGAUUAUUAUGGUGGUGAUGGGUUAGGAGGAGGAUCAGAAGCUGUAGCUGUGCCUGAGACAGCAAUGUUUCAAAGUGAAAGUGAUCAGUUUAGGGUUUUGAGAAAGAAGAAAGGGAAGUAUGAGAUACCUACUGAGGUUAUUGAGGUGACUCAGGACGAGUUGACGAAGAAUCGUCCGAGAGAGGAUCAAGUCAAGUCGACUGGAAUUGCUUUUGGGCCUGCCUAUCAGCCUGCUUCUACAAAGGGGAAGCCUCUAAAGCUUCACAAAAGGAAGCAUCAAAUCGGCUCACUGUAUUUUGAUAUGAGGCAGAAAGAGAUGGAAUUGACAGAGCGCCGCUCCAAAGGCUAUCUUACUAAAGCACAAACACAAGCAAAAUAUGGAUGGUGAUAUUGUGAGCAUUUCUUUAUAUUUUGUGUACAAUAUAAUAUCAAAUGUGUCUCUUAAUCUCAAAUGCAAGCAAAAAUGGCAAGUCUAAUUUCUGGAUAUUUUGCUCUUUGCUUAUGGAGAAAUUCUUAGGAUAACUGAUGCCUUCGGUAUGUGCUCUGUUGUUCCUCCCCAUCUCUGUUAAGUGCUAUUUAUUUCCAGUUUCCAUAA